AUGAACAACUCGGCCACAGAUCAGGCCUUGGUGGCGACCUUUGCAUUGUUAGUAGCUUUUUCUCUUCAUAUCCCGCAUAUCCCGCGAAUGAUUCCGUUCUCAAAAUCCAAAGCGGUUCUCAAAAGGCUAACUCGCCGCUCACAUCUCAGUGGAGCUAUCGUCUGUGCCUCCUUGGGUACAGUAUUAUUUCAUCUCAGAGGAGGAGCUCUUUCGCUCUUUCGCGGUGGUCUGAGGCUGGUCCUCGCUAGUUUCCUUCUGUUCGCUUCUCUUUGGGCCGUUGACGGUUUCGUUGCUACGUUUAUCAACCAAAGUUCUCCGCCAGCAUGUCAAAUCGCUGUAGCCUUCGCCGCGGCUUUUGACCAACUCGCCAGAAUUUCUCUGGAAGAGUUUCUCUUUUGGGCCAUGAAAUGUGAUACUCGGGCUUCUUUUGGCGUCUUAUUUCCCCAAGCCGUUAUCUUUAUUCGCUUUGUCCUUGGCGGCAUAUUUGUCGGCAUUCAGCGACCACAAUUUGACCAAGUGUGCGUGGCGACGAAUUUACUCUGGCCACUAGGAGUCGCGGUCCUAUGCACAGAUGCCUUUAUUGUGGUAGCGCUUGUAACUAGGGCUUCCUCGGUAGGGGUGUUUAGUGAUAUGAAAGCGGAAGGUCAUGUCGGAUCUCGAUCUAGGGGCAUUGUUUUCACAACUGUUGCCUUUGGUGUUUGGAUUCCUUUGAGUGUCCCUAUGAUUUUAGGCAUCAGCACAUUUGGUGUUGCUACACGUACCGCUCUGCCCGCCGUCGGGGUGUUACUGGUCAUAGGAUUCAUUGCUUUCUACUUCAAAGAUCUGGUUUUGCCACAGCAAGCUAUCGCCAAAUUAAACCCCCCCUACCUGAAGAACUUUCCCGGUCUAUCAGAGGCGCCUUCACCCCCGACAAGGGAGAUUAGGAAUCAGGAAGCAUCCACAAUCGAUUCUUCCUACCCGCCAGCCACAUUUGCACAGGUGAGAGAGGAUGCCAGAAAUGGUGGAAACAAUCUGAUAGAAAAUUCCAUGCCAUCGCGGGAUAGGAGCAAUGCCCUUCCAACUAUUAGUCGCCCAAGCCCUGGACAGGCGGCUGCGGGAGUUGGGGGACUUCCAGUCAAGGGCCAACUCUUUCCUCCUGCACGGCCACAACCACUACCUGCAGUUCAGGCUGGAGUUCAAGCGCAACCAACGAAGAAAGGGGUUAUCAAGGGCGGCAAGCUAGUCAUCUCUCAUCCAAUAAUCCAAGAAGACGAGCUCAGCGAGCAAAGUCCAUUGAAGAGGAUUGCAACUAUUGAUCUAGCCACCGCCGCCAAGCAAGACCAAGAACGCAGGGUCAAUGUCCCACAACAGGCGAUUAAUACAGCCAAUAUUGCAGCACCCCGGCAGUCAAUCGCGGAUACUUACAACCAGCAAGGUAGUAAACACUUGGAGAGAAAGCAAGUGGGUGCAAGCACUCCAGUUACGCAAAUGGCAAAGACUGUGCUGAGUCCUACGGAGAAACCACCACCAGUUUCAGCUCAGGGAACUUCUUCUGCCGUGCUGGCGGUCCCUGGCGUGGAAAAUAGUACUGUUCGGCAGAGAUCCCCAAAGCAUAUUUCACAAUGCUUUCAGGAGGCGAAUCCACCAAAAAUUCUGGCCAGGACCGCUUCUGGAUCAGAAGUCAAGGAUCACGCGCGGCAGAAUUCAAUACUGGAUGUUCCUCUACAGCCACCACCUCGAUCUCCCUUACGACUCUUAGUAGGAAAAGGAUCUCCUUCAACUCCUUUGAAGACUCAAACGAACAAGCCGUUCGUAGAAACACUAGGCCAAACUGAAAGCUCCAACGAUAAGGAGUCGGGAGACGCUGCCCUGCUUACAUCUCCGCAGCAAGUUUCGGAGGUUCCUGUGGCUGGAAAAGAAACCGCCUCCCGAACUAAAUCUAUUGCUUCACCAAGCAAGACUGUGCGAGUUCUUGUCCCACCAGUGCCACCUCUUUCGCCAAGAGUCCCUCCUUCUCAGUCAUUUUCCGAUUUGAAGAGCAGUUCAGGCAGUCAACGUCGAAACAACAGCGUGUCAUCGAGUAUUCCCCGGAGUGGUUCAGUUAAAAACAACAUCCGGCCGUCAAGGCAACGGCCUACAACGCCUCCACCAGAUAUCGAGGAGGGUCCCCGGAAAACGCAGGUACUGAUUCGAGGGACCACCGGCCUUCCCACUAAUCCCCGACCUCGAACGGCGAAGGAUGAUGCCAACAAUGAUCAGCCGCAAACGGUCAUGUCCAUUAACGAAAUCCCACACAGUGAUCCCAGCCGAAUAAAGGCUAUUAAUAAUAGCGUAGCAACUGGUUUAGGUCCAGGAACUGGUAGGGAUGGUCCUGAAGGCAGUGCCUCUGUGGUGAACCGGCCACGGCCAAUUCCUCGCAAGGUCACCUCUGUCGAUUCAAAGGAACCACCAGGAACACCGCAGGGCCUGGAUGUGCCUUCUCCAAAUAAUGCAGCGGGAACUAAACCGUUCAUUCUAAAUUCUACGGCCGGCAGUCCCAGCCAGCUUCCCCCUUUACCCUUGCCACCUCUGACACCGAAGGGUGGACAAGUGCAAAUAGGACCAACCAAACCAUUCACGUCUCCGAGCAAGGUCAAUAGCCUUAAAUCAAACGAAAUCGCAAUUCCUACGGUUCGACUAAACGCGGUUUCACGACCAACUGCCACACAAGGUCCGGGUCGUUCCCAAGAGGAAAGACUUGAUGCAGAGCGAAAGGUCCGUGAUCCCACCACACAGCCAGCUAGUACCUCCAUGGUGGACGCCGUAUCCCUAGGAUAUGGAAAACGUGCUGCAGAUGCAGCCAAAUACGUGUCCAAGUUCAGCAUUGCCACGACAAUGAGCCCAGAAGAUCCGCCGUCCGAAUAUCUUCAGUCGCCCGCCCUAGCCCUACUACGGUUAUCCCAGGAGGGCUUGAAGCGAAGGUCAUCCCCAGUACUCCCUAUGAAUGAUUUACAGGAAUCAGCAACUCCUAUUUCCAUCAACAUGGGACAACCAGCAGCCAUCUCGGCAGCACCAAUCCCCGAGCGCCUUGCGUCAGAGUCUCUAAAUAUCCCGGUCACUACUAGAGCGAGCUAUUCCAGUAGUAUGCAGCUGAACGACGACGACGAUGACAAGGAAAUGGUGACAUUCAUGCUAGAUCGAAACACCUACUACCCAAAAAAUGCGGCUUCCACGCCGCCGCACAACAGAAUAUAUGGUGGCACUGAAGGCAAGAGAGGCUCAUGGCACCGCCGUGUCGGCGAGAAUCCGCCUACAUUCUCAGAUCGGGAGUCAAUGCAAUCCCGGCGUGUGCCAAAGCCACCGCCUCUCCAACUCAGCAGGGUUACAAGGCGAUCCAAAGAGCCAGCUCCUGCAAUGUCACCUCUUGAAACUCCCAGACGAGCGCUAGAUCAGAUCCAAGAGCAACUGAACAAAUUUGAAGCACCUGACGCAGAUGAUAUUGGUCUAGAGAAUCGUAGAAUGUCUCUCCUGGCGGAUAUCGAAAUGGAGAUGGGAAUGGAAGAAAACAGAUGGCAGAACAUGCACAAUGAUCUGGCCAGAGCUUCGUUUUCAUCUGUUGGCUCAAAUGCUGUUUCUCCUUUUGCAACUGAACUUAGCCCUUUGCCACCGCAAAUUACCCAGUCCCCAGCGAUUGGGGCCAUUAACGAAGUCCCCCAGGGAAGCGGUUCGAACUUGGUUGUAAGAGAGGGACACAGCGCGCGCCCACGUUCGUCUAUCCUCUACACAGCCGAUCAGGUCCAAAUUAGUCGCCUGAAUGCAGUGCCAGCUAGAUUUCAUGCUAUCACUGCGGAAGACGCAGCAAUGGCCACACAAGCGGGAGCCACAGGAGAAGAAGUCUCCGCCGUCUAUCGGAAUACCCCCUCUAAUGCGACGCCAUCUCCGCUAGACAAUAACACAGUCCGAAGUCCCAGUGCUGUUCGUGUUGAGUUGAAAUCGACUCAAAAAGAAGAGGGUGCCUCCGAACGAUAUGAUCUAUGGCAGCCCGUCAAUGAGGACGGGAGGUCGCGGGCAACAGCGUCCCAGGCAUCCCUUUGGAAUUCUGCCUCGGAAUCUGCUAUACAGUCAGCUUUCUCGUUAUCCCCUGGUCCUAGGCCAGUGACUCGCAAAUCUGCAGAAGCUGCUCCCGUGGACGACUCGGGACUGUGGGACAAGCCCUCAGAGAGUUCGGGAUCGCAGUCCACGUCUUCGAGCUUAUGGGAGGCGAAAGUUGAAUCACCAUCAUCUACGGCGCCUCGAGAGUCAUCAGGUCGCCCUCAAACAUUGAGGCCGCCGCGCAAAAGCCGGCGGAUGACUUCCCUUCCGGAUAUCGUGGAAAACCCCGAGCCCUUGGAGAACAAGCGGGGGACUUUGGGUAUCUUCCAAUUCCCUUGGGGGGAGCGGUCCGAUACAGCAACAUUGCCCCCCGCAUUGCAGAAUCAGAUGUUCAUGGGACUACCUGUCAAUACGGUCACUGGAGCUCCUCCUGUCUUUCCAACUCUAGAAAUGCAGAUGCAGAUUCUACAAUCCCAACAGCAGUCUUCUUCGUUCUUCGAUCACCAAGACGAGGACGAGGCAAUUGUGGAUAUGUCCGAGGAUUCGGACAACGAUGAUUUCUACGGCGAUGACGAUUCCUUCGAUGAAACUACUCUUUGGGAGAUUGCCAGUUUGCUGCAGUCUGACAAAGUUCCUUCCAGGGAAAGCCUGUUCCCCGAUCUUAAUGAUGCUCAUCCGGGUUCAUUAGUUGCUCAAGGACCUACGAUACCAAAUGUGUCGUCUUCUCGGACAAGGGUACCGGAACCUGCAAACGAGGAAGACCUUGAAUCUGUCAAUGACGAACAAUCCUCCCCACCGAUACUGCGUCGAGAGUCUUCCUCUCCAACUCUUCCGCCACCGGAAGCCACUCUAUGGGUGAACAAUGUUUUCAUCCCCUCUAGCAACGGCAACCACGGUCUCUUCCAAGAUGAUAAGUUGUGGGGUGCCUGUAUAGCAGACCAAGAGCCUAUGGCUCGAGCUCCUCCAAGGCAAACUGAGGCUUCAACCAUUACCAGCACCUCACUCUGGAGUCCGCCAACAAGCAAAGUCAACACUCCGCCUUCCAAGACCUUAUGGUGUGCAAAGAUGGAGUCGCAUCAAGCAGCAGAACUCGUUGUUUGCGUCAGGGAAAUCACCCGCCCAGUUACCCCAGAAGCGGAAUUCAUGUGGUCGGCACCAAAAUCAACGUCAGUCAAGAGCGUGGGGUUGGCAGAACCAGCGCCAGAUUCCUGGCUCAAAUACCUCAGCUUGGGUGAGCGAUCUUCAUAUUCACGGAAGCGAAAAGAUGAAGUUUCGAUCGUCGAGAGUCAAUUUUUGUGGUCACCAGACACACCACAAGAAGUGACGAUACAAUGGCUCGAGCCAGAAGAAAACGCAUUACCAUCUGUUCCUGAUCAUGGCCAUACCAAUGGACCGUCAUCGAUAUUGGACAUGAUCUCAAGCGCGUUACCACAAUUCGUCACCCAUGCUACCACAUCAACCAUCGAAGCACCCAUUCAAAGCACUAUACAAGAACCUGAAGAGGUCGCAAUUCCAGUCAACGGCGAGGCCAUAUACAGCGUCGACAAUGCCGUCGGCCCCGAGGAAGACAUCGUAACCCCCGACCCGCGGGGCAAUGACCUCUGGGUUCCUGUUUCGGUUCUUGGCUUAGACGAAGAGAAUCAAGGUCUCUUCCAGGCGGGUCAAGGGGUCCUCCAACGAGAUAAGAAGUACCGCAGAGCGUCAAACCCUCCUGCUGCUUUAGCAACACGUCCGACACCUCGAUCCGUUCGACGAUCCCUUCCAACACUUGAAUCGCAAACGCUCUGGGUACCACCCACUCAGAUAACGUAUUCCCAAGACUGGAUUUCACUAUCUUCCAUCCGGCCCAGGACCCCGCCUGGCCGUUUGUCCCCCGAAUCUGGCAGCGAAUCCCCGUUCUCAGAAAUAUCGAGUACAUACUCGAAUGCCACUGGCGAGUCGACCGUUGAUAGUUUCCACGCGAACCAUGCCGUAACGCAACUGAAACCACAAUUCGUCACAGACGCAGACUGGAUGGCUACUCUCAAAGGAACAGGACGAGCCACUCGACCGAGGGACGAGAUUGAGAAAUCUGUACCGAACUGGGCCGCAGCCCUUCACAAUAUUCCUGAUGAGGAGGCCCCUGGGCUAUCCGCCUCCCCUCAGUAUACAGAGCCAGAAACAUCCCAUGACCAACUCGACGGGGCGGGAUCUGAUACGGAAGCGGAAACAGACGAAGAGUUAAGCAGUCAAGUACCACCCAUCCCGGAAGAAGAAUUCAACCCCUUCAGGAGCCGUCGUCAAACACAGAUGGGCGGCUUCGACCCGGCACGACACCACCCAGUCUUCAACGUCUACACCCUGGACACAUCAGACGGAGAAUGUCAUCCCGCCGCACAGGGUUACAUCUACACCCUAGUAAACCAUAAUCCAGACUUGAUUCAGCGGUAA